GCGGCCCAAAGCUUUUGCUCGUCGCGCAAGGUCAUAUCGUGGCCUGCUGCAGGCUAGAAGACCUCAGGACUGCUGCAGUAAGAGAGCUGCGGACAGAUCGACCGCGCCGACGACUUGGGGACACGAGGGCUCUGCAGCCCAUAAAACAAGCAGCGAGACGCCGCCGCGCAUAAAACGAGGCGCCACGAUGGAGGUCGACGAAGCGACGAUCGUAACCGCCUCAACAAAACGCGGCGCGAGCGAAGACCCGCAAGACGCCGCGAAGCGCCUGCGGACGGACGACGCCGACGCGAUGGACGAGGCCGCGGCACGAACGCGCGCGGAGAUGACGCCCGCGGAACGAGAAGAAGCGGAACGCCUGCAUCGAACGGCCGUAAGAGCUGAGGCUUUAGCAGCCGCCCAAGCGGCGGCCAAGGAACGAGGAGUGGCAUUGUCGGCGGCCGAGGUAGCAGCACUGAAAAAGGAACAGGAGGCCAAGCCCAAAUUUGUGAGCAAGAAGGAACGGGAACGCUUAGCUCUGGAGCGACUCGAAGCGAAACGACGGGAACGCGAACAGAAACUCAGGAGCGGCCCCAAGUUCUCCGCACCGCUACCUAGGAAAGAGCCCUCGAUCAAGAAGGCUAUCGAUGAUUACGCGGUAUUGAGGGAGAAAAAGCCCGUAGCAAAGAAGGAUACUGAUAAGGAACGAGAAUUGGCGCAAAUCCGCGAGAACUAUCUGGGCAAAAAAGGCAAGAAAAAGCAACCUAAACCUUCCGAGAAGUUCGCGCGCGUCUUCCAGUUCGACUGGGACGCGAACGACGACACUAGUCAGGAUCUGAAUCCGUUGUAUGCUCGACGGCAUGCGAUCCAGCCUAUGCUAGGACGAGGCUACUUAGCUGGCUUAGAUAUGCGGGAGCAACGAAGAGCUCAUACUUUUAGUCAAGCAUUGAACGAUAAGCGAGCCUCAGAGGCGCGAGCCCAGGAAGAGGCGGAAGGCCUCGCUCGGGCCGAGAGGAAGAAACGAGAGGCCCAAAGAAAGAAGGAAAGAGAUGCGUUAACACAAGCCUUAGCUGCGGAAGAGAAGAAGGUCGAGGCCACGGCCCUAGGCAAGAAAUUGCUGCACUGGACGGAAAAACCUUUACAAGAAAUGAACGCGCGCGACUGGCGCAUUAUGAAGGAGGACUUCGACAUUCGGAUACGAGGUGGGAAAGCACCUCCGCCGUUGAGAUUUUGGAACGAGAUGGCCGUGCCGGAGGGGAUCCACAAAGCCAUCCAAGAUGCCAAAUAUAGAGAUCCUUCACCUAUCCAAAGACAAGCUAUACCUGUUGGGUUAGAAUUAAGGGAUCUGAUCGGUGUCGCGGAAACUGGCUCAGGGAAGACCGCGGCGUUUGCCGUGCCGUUACUCGCUUACGUCGCGCAAUUACCAGCACAGCGUAUUGCGUCGUUGGCCGAAGACGGUCCAUUAGCUGUGGUUCUAGCUCCUACCCGUGAAUUAGCGCAACAAAUCAACGACGAGAUCGCCAAGCUCAGUACUUACUUGUCGUGCAAGACGACCACUAUAGUAGGUGGUAGAAGUAUAGAGGACCAGGGGUUUUUGUUGCGCGAGGGUGUGGAGAUCAUCGUCGGGACGCCUGGAAGAAUAAAUGACUGCCUCGAAUCGCAAUACUUAGUACUGAACCAGGCGAACUACGUCGUACUCGACGAGGCCGACCGCAUGAUCGACAUGGGCUUUGAGCCGCAAGUACAUACGAUACUCGAGGCCAUGGGGGGGCUGUUGAUGAGCGAAGACGAGAUGUUGUUGGAGCAGCAGCGCGCCGCGUUAAGUAGGGGCGAGGCGUGUUAUCGUAUUACUGCGAUGUUUUCCGCCACCAUGCCUCCUGGCGUCGAGAAACUGGCCAAGAAAUUUCUGCGGCACCCUGCAAUAGUAUGUAUUGGCGAUGAGGACUCCGGCAAGAAUAAGAGAAUCAGGCAGCACGUGCUGUUCAUUAGUGAGCAGCAGAAGAAGCAGACCCUGAUAGACUUACUGAGGAGGAAACAACCUUCAGAGAAGUACCUCGUCUUCUGCAAUGAGAAGCGCGGCUGCGACGCUCUGAAGAAGGUGGUAGAAAAUGCGCAAAUACGGUGUGGGGUCCUCCAUGGCGGCAAGACCCAGGACCAGCGCGAAGCUGCCCUAGAAAACUACAAGCGCGGCACGUUCCGGAUUUUCAUCGCGACGGACGUGGCCGGAAGAGGCCUGGAUAUUCCGGACGUGGCCCACGUUGUCAAUUAUGACAUGCCACUGAAGAUCGAGAACUAUUCGCAUCGCAUCGGUCGUACCGGUAGGGCGGGCAAGGACGGCGUCGCGUCUACCCUUCUUACGGAUAGCGACGAGGCCAUGUUUUAUGAGUUGCGGGAGUAUCUGGAACAGACGGACGCGGACAUCCCGCAGAAACUCGAGAAGCAUCCCGCGGCGCACGCGAAGCCCGGCGAGCGGAACGCGCGCGGUGAGUUGCUUACUGAGAGAGCUGGCAUGCGGGGGACGCAGUUCCUCGACGCGCGGAAGUUCGAGCAGGGGUAAGUUUGUUUCUAGU